CGUCCCCAAUAACAGGCCAUUUCGACGAGUGACGAUCAUGCCAGGACUCUGAAACAAACAUGAUAAAGAUGAGGCAGCUUGGGCCGGCCUUUCGCAAGCACUCCAGCAGCCGACCAGUAGCGGAAUGCAGCCGGAGCGUCACGGCAUCCGCUGGUUUAUGUAGAGACAAACAUAGAUCUGCGUCAGCGAAAGCCUUUCGAUGGGGGCUCGAGAUUAAAAGCAAUCGACAACAGACAAGCUGGUUCAGUACACACCCAGCAUCCGUGAUCGAUAGUGGUAACUGUGUCAAGGCGGCGGAAAAUCUUCCCGGAAGCGUUUGCCCAUUGCUAAGCCUCGAUCGAUUGUGUAAAGUCAUCCAUCGUUGUGUCGAUCUCGUUCAGCACAGCGCACCGGAGGAAGUCAAUUGUGAUAGUCCCCAGCCGAUCCGAAGAUCCUCGUUCCUUGCGCAGCUGCGUACCAAAUCAGAAUCAAUGCUCGAUAAAUCUGUCAAAAUCCCUCCGUCGGUGAAUCAGCUUCAACGGAGAUAUCACUCAUCAAGUAUCAAAGAUAAUGACGACAGCAAUUUUGCAAUGGCCCAACUGAUCGAUGGUAAGCAAAUAGCAGCCGACAUUCGGGCAGAAUUGCGGGAACAGGUGGAAAAAUGGAUGGCCAAGGGACAUCGUGCCCCUCAGCUGACGGCAAUACUGAUCGGAGACGAUCCGGCCAGUGCGACGUACGUGGCCAACAAGAUGAAGGCCGCUAAAGAUGUCGGAAUUGUGAGUACGACCGAGUCGCACGGUUCGGACAUUACCGAAGAGGUGCUGCUGGAGCGCAUUCGCCAGCUGAACGAGGAUGAGUCGGUGGACGGAAUUUUGGUGCAGCUACCCCUGCCGGGACACAUCAACGAGCGCAAGGUGUGCAACUUUGUGUCCUGCGAUAAGGAUGUCGAUGGUUUCAACGAGCGCAACGUGGGACGUCUCUGCCUCGACAUGAACACGCUCAUUCCGUGCACCCCGCUGGGCGUGCAGGAACUUCUGAAGCGGGCCAACAUUGAGACGUUCGGCAAAAACGCGGUGGUCGUGGGUCGAUCGAAAAAUGUGGGCAUGCCUAUCGCGAUGCUGCUGCACGCCGAUGGACGCAAUGAUACGUGUGCGAUGGAUGCCACCGUGACGAUAUGCCACAGGUUCACGCCACCGGAGCAGCUGAAACGGUUCUGCCAGAGCGCUGACAUAAUAGUGACGGCCACGGGCGUGCCGGGGCUCAUCACGGCGGAUAUGGUGAAGCAAGGGGCGGCCGUGAUCGACGUUGGCAUUACGAAAGUGACGGACCCUGCCACGGGGAAAACUAAGCUGGUUGGAGACGUUGACUUUGACGAGGUUCGGAAGGUAGCCGGACACAUUACACCGGUGCCCGGAGGCGUCGGUCCGAUGACCGUGGCAAUGUUGAUGAAAAAUACUUUCAUUGCAGCCACAAACCUUGCCAAAAAGCAAACGAAGGCAGUUCAGAACUAGCCGCAGAAAUGCCGGAUGUGUAGCUUAGAAAGAAUUAGGGUGCUUUAGGGGUGGCCGUGGCAGAGUAAACUAUUAUGCAGUAUUCAACAUAGAACGGGGCAUCAUCGCCGGGAUAGCGAAAAA